CUUUUUUUAGUUUGUUCAUCAGCCUUGACAUGUGUUUCAGAUUUUCAGGCAAAGAGAAUCACAAUCCAAAACUACCAAAAUGACACCUACAGGAAGCAGCCACUCCUCGGAAUGCAGCACAUUAUUGAAUGUGCCCGUGUUGGGCCUUGUGAGAGCAAACACUACCUCUGCACGCUGUGCGGUCUACCGGUAGCCAACCACAUGAUCAUCAACCACAUUAUCAGCUUUGACCACAUCUACAGCUAUUUUAAAGCAUGGCAUCCCUCCACGCUGCAAUCAAAACUGUCCUACAGAAAUUACAAUUUGUUUGUCCCAACCAUAUUAAAUUUUGCAAAGCUGGCAGAGAAAAUACAUGAGACCCAACAUGCUUCAAUGAAGCAAGUGAGACUGCAGCCUGACGAGUUCCAGUUGGUGAAUUUCACAUGUUACUCAGAAGCUUUGGAAAAACUCGAAUCCAUCACAAAGAGCAGUUUGAAAACCUCCGUUACACCAGGACACAAGAUAGAGUAUGAUGCUGUCUUCUCACCGCCCAAGCCAUUUCCUAAAAGUCACAAUCUCUUGCUUCGCUGCCAGAAUUGCUGUCAUGACUUUGAAAGUAUGCCUUAUCUGAAACAUCUGUCACAGCCUCGUCACAAAAAGCAACUGAUGAAACAAUUUCUUAAAGCUGUGGGGGAGAAUUCCAGGGACUCAAAAGUGAAAUUGCAUUUGGACUUGUACACGUACUCCUGUGAGGGUUUAAAAACUAAACCACUUGUUGGAGUAGACCUUGUUGUUACGUGCAUCUCUUCAUCUGUUGAUGUGGAACCGAUUUGUUUGUGUUUUGGUUGUCUGGAGCGUGUUCCACAGCCCGUCAUCAGGAAACAUUGUGAGUCUCGAAAACAUCUCAUAAAAACCCUGAUGUACCAGAAUCCGUGGCGUCUGCCAUUUGCCUGGAAAAAAGCUCUUGAUGACAGCAUGCUGAAGUCAGAGGCAUUGGAGGAGAGAGGGCCAAAUAAAAUCUCUCUGAAGGUUGUGGAUAUUCCACACUCUAUCUUUUAUAACCUCAGCUCCUCUAUUAAUUACGUCCAAGCAAUGAAAACCCUUCAACUGUACCAUACUCUCUUAAAGUGUGAAGUUCCACCAUGCAAAACCUUCAGCAAACUUCAUCAAAAUGAAAAAUUCCCUCUGCUUGGUAUGGGUCAGGACUUUUGA